AUGGACUCUCCUCCUGAACCCAUAGCCAGUCUACUACCAUUCGUUGACCGGGGUGCUACCACACCGCCCGCUUCACCUCGGACUGAGCAAUCAACACCGCCGACACCUUCCACGUCCGCGGCACCGGAAACAUACCUAGAACUGAUCGAACGUAUUUCGACGCCCACUGCUGGCGAAAGCUCUAACGACUUAUCGUCUGCUCCAGACGAAACACAGCAUCCCCGCACUCCUCCACGUACAGGGAAGGAUAGGGCUGACGGGCCUCAGAUCACUGGAACACCGAUAGUACACAAGGCAUCCUCGUACCGCGGGCACUCGGUAGCAUCGCUUGUUGGCAAGCAGAACGCAAAGAUCAUACGGCCGCAAUACGCGAAAGAGAUGAGGCCCAAGCUCGCAGAGUUGCCUUUUGACGAGUUCAUGGCCGAGUUCAUGGAGGGACCGGAGUUACCGUCAGAGUCUGUGCUCAAGAUCCCGGACAUGGACAAGGGCAAGUUGAUGGGUAGAAAGGAGGAGGAUGUCUGCGUCGAACUGUGCAAGAUGGCUCAAAUCGUGUUCGACAGCUGUCCUCAUGGAGAGAAGCUAGCGGCGAAGAACACCAGACAGCAUCCGGAUAACACAGACCACGAUGACUACAGCGAGCAGUUGAGGGCCGACAUCUCUUGCUAUCCCGUCCACCCCCAAGCCACUGCCGACUACGCCUCUGCGACCGCCGACGCUGACAAGUUUCAGGCCCAAACCCGCUGGGCAUGGAUCUCGCUUUGGGUCGAAGUCAAGACGGCUCAUAACGAUUGUCCUUUCGAGAUGCAGAACCCUACCGAGGACAACUUCCUUCGCGGUGGCGACGGCGCAGCUAUGACGCUCGGCCAGAUGGCUGAGUACAUGGCGAAGAUCUUCCGGAGGCAGCACCGGACACACUGCUUUUCACUGUCGGUGUAUCGCGGAAGGGCUCGCAUGAUGCGCUGGGACAGGGCUGGGGCCAUCGUCUCCACGCCUAUCGACUUCGUUGCGAAUCAGUCGCUUAUCCACACAGUCUUCUGGCGAUAUGCGUCUAUGGAUCAGAAACAGCGUGGCUUCGACCCUACGGUGAUCCCGGCUACACCGCAGGAAAUCGAAGAGAUGAGGACCUGUCCUGCGCCGACCGAAUGGGUGAACGCCUGUCGGAGAGCCUCGUUGGAUCGGCCGGGAUGGCCAAUCUAUAAGAUUCUCAUGCGUCGUCAAGAUCUCGUUGAUCCACGGGAGUUGACACCCCUGACAAAUGGCAUCGAUCCUGUCGACCCGGAGCCAAAGGAUCCGGAUCGCGCGGCAAAUCCAGACGCGUCUUUCCUCGUCGGUAUGCGGUGCUUUGCGGCCGACUCACCCACUGGACGGGGCACCAAGUGCUUCAUUGCGUACGAAGUGUCUCGGCAACGCCUGGUCUUCCUCAAGGAUUACUGGCGCCCCGAGACGGUUCAUCCGGACCGCCGUGAGGGCGAUGUGCUGAAGUUGCUGAGGACGAGGAACGUCAAAUUUGUUCCCACACCGGUAGCUGCCGGCGACGUGUAUAACAGCGAAGACGGACUGGACGUACAGAAGACACGUACCCAGGAGCACUUGAACAAAGACAAGACGACGAAGCGGGAACACCCUGCGCAGGUUCAUUAUCGCCUGGUCGUGAAGGAGAUCGCACGCCCGCUUGACGACCAUCAUGAUCCAUACCAGUUAGUCAAAGUACUAUUUUUCGCGUUCGAAGCUCACAGACAAGCUUGGGAGCAAGAGCACAUCAUACAUCGGGAUAUCAGCGCGACCAACAUCCUGAUGUUUGUGUACAAAGACGAGAAGGGUAGAACGUGGGUUAUCGGGCUCUUGAAUGACUGGGAGCUUUGCAAGUUCCUCGAUGAUAUCAAGAAGGGGGCUACACGUCCUGGACGCUCGGGAACGUGGCAGUUCAUGUCUGCCAGACUUCUGUUGAACCCAGACAAGCAGCACGAGCUGGCCGAUGACCUAGAAUCCUUCCUGCAUGUCCUCCGGUGGAUGUGUCUCCGGUUCUACGAGCACCGUCUCACGCACAGUCCCCCUGAGCUCCGGGAUCACGUCCUUACGUUCUACGAAGCCAUCGGCGUGCGACGCGAUGACCACGAAGACACCGGAGGGGCGCAGAAGUACAUCACAAUGUGCGACGGCUACAAUCCGGUCCCACUACUAGACAGUGACUCGCCCCUCGACGAACUGCUCCGGAAUCUUGCUUCCGUCUUUCGCGCCCACUAUGCAGCUGUAGAACCCAAGAAGCCCGUAAAGCCAGUGCGCAAGGAACGUCAACCCAUUGAAGAUGCCGCGGACUCGGAUCUGCUCCUCCAGUCCAUGCUUUCCUCAGGGUCUUUUACAGAUGAUGAGGAUGACGUGGAACCCCAAACACCGGUGGUAGCCCAGGAGCUGGUCAAUCACACCCCCAUCCGCAACGCAUUCGGCAAGGCGCUUCGCCGUCCGGCGUCGCUGUGGGAGCUCAACAAGAUGGACGAUCAGUUCGAGGCCUUUGAGAAAUCGCCUGUGACCCAACGCAGCAUCCUUCGCUCGAGUCAGCAGUCCGCUGGCUCGAAACGAGCGGCGGAGAGUCUUCCAGACGCGGGUAAGGCGAGUUCCUCGAGGCGUGCAAGGAGCACGGCCGCCGCCGGAGAUCUACCCUCGGUGGCCGAAGCUGGAUCUGCCGUGGAUGCGUCGUCAAACGUAGACUGA